GAAACCGAGAAGCUGUUGCUCGAAGAAGAGCAAUUGCAAAAGAGAAUUGACGCGGGCGACGAAUCCGAUGAGGUAGCCGCCCGAAUCAAUGUCAUCUUUGAAGAGCUGCAUCUCCGCGGGUCUGACUCUGCCGAGAGUAAGGUGGGUUUGACCACACUAUACAUUUGA